CUCUAUUGAUCAAGCCAAUUGGUAGAACUGUCCUGAACAGGAAGGAUGACGCGCUCCCUCGGGCUGCCGUCUCUAUCUAGGUGACAUUUGUGGCACUAGCCCGAGCGAGAGACGAGCAAGGUUCCAUUUACUAGUUGUCAGUUUGUCUUUGUUUAUUAUAGUGAGGUGAUUUGGAUGAGGGGUGUGAAGGCAGUCUCCCCUCUCUUAUCUCGUCGUCCCUCCCUCUUACACUUCAAUUAGCCAUUGUCUUUGGGCCAUCUCCAUCGAUUAGACUUACAGUGGGAAGUGUCCUGCGUGGCUACGAUACCGUGUCGUUUCCUCUGUGGCCAGGUACUUUGUCCACUUACACGAUCGGCAACACCAGUGGCUGUGACUACUUAUAAGCUGCGGCGUCACUCUGUUCGGUUCAUCUCGUUCCAUCGCUGCCUGUCUGAUAGGCAGCUUCAAGGAUGCGUGGACUCCUUGCCGCCGGGUUGCUGGUGCUCCAGGUGCCGGCACUGGUAGAUGGCCUUCCAAACCCACUCCAAGUGGACCGGGACUCCGCCUCUGCCUCCGCCUCAACCCAAACCAGUCUCUCAUCCGGGCCCAGCACGCAAAUAAAGACCCCGGCACUAGCUCUCCCCAAUGAUGAGCUGGUCACGGGCGAAUCCACCACUCUCGAGAGAGAACUGGCCGACUUACACGUCCUUCGAGUCCAGCUGGCCGAGCUCGAGAAGGAGGUGUCCAGCCGGGAGACCUGGCUAGCCCAGGCGACCGGACUGACUCCCCACCGUCCUCCCCCCAGCAUAGCGGACUGUGACAGCCUGCGCUGCAUCGUCCAAGCCCUCCGCUGCAAGGCCGCGCACGCCGCCUCGGCACUCCUGAACACUGCCUCCUCCGACACCAACCAUGCGAAUAUCACUCACCACCCCAGCCGGAAUACAACAACUCUUGUAGAGAUACCUGUGCCGCCAUGGCGUACCAACGGCACAAGGACCGCGCCUCCCGGCUCGUUAACCUCAGCGCCAAUACCGGCCGUAGUAGAAGAUGGGGUGGUCGGCGGGAGCGACGAUCCUCCUCUCGCCCUGCUCCUUCUUCUCGUUGGCCUUGCCGGGCUGGCCUGCCUCGGCACGCAACUCGCUUUAAGCUGCUGCCGUGUCGGGCGUCAGGGUCUGGCUGGUGCGCUCCCGCCGCCUGUGACUGUGACUAGACGGGGCCCCGGCUGGUGGAGGGCGGUUUGGGAGCAGCGGCUGGUUGACGGUGCGUCUUUGUGGAGACGGUCCGGACAGCGAGGAGGGGUGCAGGUCAGGCUAGGGGAGGAGGAAGGGUACGGGAAUGGGGAGGGCUAUGAGUAUCGGGAUGAGAAGGGUCCGUGUUAUUUGGAUGAGAAGACUGCUCAUGCCCAUGCACUGUAUGAGGCCGGUGGUGAUGAAGAAGAAGAGCGUGACGGGGAAAGAGACAUGGAAAGCGAGUGCGCGUCUGAGGCCGAGGAGGAAGAGGAAGAGUUGACGCUUGGGGAGGAGCUGGCGUCGUUCAGGGCGGCGCUGGAUUUGGUGGAGGGUAUCGUUGCGGCGGAAGAGCAGAGGGCCCGCGAGAGGGAGUCGGAUGCACUCCGAUGAUUGCUACGGGAUGUCGUAACUCAUAUCAUGUCUACAUAUGAGAGCGUUGCUAUUGUGGCUAGCUAUGGCCGGGGCAUGAAACAUGCCAAGCAGUGUAGAUGUAUCUUUCUCGCUUCUGCCCUAAGUUUAUGAUACCAUCUAAUCUUAGGAUCUAUAAAAGUCGUCUUUAUUAGUCCUUAGUACAGUGGAUGAAUGGAGCUUUGGAGGAUGAGAGACCGUUAGCUACAACCUGGAAUCUUCCACUUCUCUUCUCCUCAUCGUAUGAACGGCAACGCGCCGCUGGAAGUACAACGGUCCAACACAGCAUUGUGUGAUACAUUGUCGGUCGAAGAUAAUGCACCCUUCAUCGCGGCUCGGGCCCAAUCAGCAUGAGCACGGCUUCAACCCAUCUCACCCGAGCAGAAGGAGACGA